CUCUUCAGUGCUCCGUUGGUCUUCGUACAGUGUUUACGCGCUCCGUGCCACGUAUUUGUAUUGCACGCGCCGCACUUACGGCCGUUCUCGCGCAAAGUUUUCGGUGUAUUAAUAAUAAUUUUUUUUUUUUUCGGUUGUUGUUCCGAUUCGUUUUUAAAAAUAUCUCAAACGUGUGCGUCUCCGGCGGAAUAACAGUCAGUCACGUGUGUCCGACGAAUAUCGUCAGGUGUGUCUGAUCGUAAUCGUCGAUUGUUAAUAUUUUAUUUUUAUUUUUUUUUUUGUCGUCGGUGUGCGCGCCAUAUCGAAUCGUUUUAGCGCGUACGGUUUACCUGUGUAUUCGUAUCGCGUUCAGUGCGAUAAUAUAACCGCGGAUAUCGAGAUUCUCAAAAGACCGAUUAUUCCGAUCGCCGUCGUGCGUCUGUGCUUGUGCGUGUUUGGCGUCUCUCUUUUACGAUUUUUACGGCCGUCUUUGUUUGUUCUGUUCGACGACGCGUGUGUGCGCGCACAGUGUGUGUAUACGAUUUCGUCCGUCCGUCCGUCCGCCGUCGAUUAAACCGAGUGACAUUUGAUUUUGCGGCCAUGAGCUGCUAACACGUCAUGUACGCCGCAGCCACGAUGAACGCAGCAGCUGUAGCGGCCGCUGCCCGGCACCCGGGCCCACCACAGCCGGGGCAGCCGUUCAAGUUUACUAUUGGCGAAUCAUGCGACCGAAUCAAGGAAGAAUUCAAUUUUCUUCAAGCCCAGUACCACACUACCAAAAUGGAAGUCGAAAAAAUCGUCCAAGAAAAAACCGAAAUGCAAAGGCAUUACGUGAUGUACUACGAGAUGUCCUACGGUCUCAACGUGGAAAUGCACAAGCAGACGGAAAUUGCGAAGCGUUUGAACGCCAUCAUCGCACAGAUAAUGCCUUUUCUCUCGCAAGAGCACCAACAGCAAGUAGCCACCGCUGUAGAAAGAGCGAAACAAGUGACUAUGACCGAACUCAACGCUAUCAUAGGGCAACAACGUCCAGAUCUGCCCAGGUUAUUGCAACAAAUGCACGCGCAGCAGCUGCCGCAUGCGGGCCACGCGCCGCCCAUACCAAUGAUGCCUCAUCCCGGACUUCCGGGACCACCAGUAACCGCGUCCGCUAGCCUACUAGGCCUUGCCGGUGCUGCCGGUUCUGCGUCUCAUCCACUGUCCAUGCUAGGUGCUAAACCGACUGAUAUGCACAGAGGUGCCGAUCCUGAUAAGCCUUCGUCUGCCAUCGGACUGAGUUCAGCUGAAGAAAGACACAGGAGUUCUAUAUCACCUGCGGAAAGAGAGAAAUUUCGCGUCAGGAGCUCACCGGAUAUUGAACCACACAAAAAAGUAAAAAAGGAAGAAAAAGAUUGUCACGCGAGCGAUGGUGAAAAAAGCGAUCAAGACUUAGUAGUUGAUGAUGCCAGUGAGGACCCCGUCUCACCGCUUAAUGGUACAGCCUCGCCAAGAGAAAAUGGAAUUGACAAGUUACAACCCAAAAAGGAACACAUCGGACCACACAGCCCGCGUAGCGGUACUUCGUCCAAUGCAAGCACUCCAUCCACCAAGAAGAUGGAAGACAAACCCAGCACACCGAUAUCCAAGUCAAUCACACCGACGAGCGGCGGCAGCGGUUGUAGUGGAGCCGCCGGUUCCUCAAUGAAGCCCAUGGGGGUCAAAGGACCUUCGCUAGCGCAAUACCCGCAUUACCUGGCUGGUGGUGCAAAUCCGCACGAUCUUCAAGCGGCUGCGGCUGCUGCAGGCGCUUACGGCGCCCUCCACAACAACUUGCCGCCAUCGGCUGCGUUAAACAGUUACCCCAGGCCGGCAUUGGUCGGUUAUGAUCCUCACGCACAAAUGAGAGCACCCCUCGGACCUGGGCUGGGAAUUCCUGGCGGAAAACCAGCAUAUUCGUUUCACGUGAGCGCCGAAGGUCAAAUGCAACCGGUGCCCUUUCCGCCUGAUGCACUGAUGGGUCCCGGUAUCCCGAGACACGCCCGUCAGAUCAACACUCUCGGGCACGGCGAAGUCGUGUGUGCCGUGACCAUCAGCAAUCCCACCAAGUACGUUUAUACCGGCGGCAAAGGCUGCGUAAAGGUGUGGGACAUCAGUCAACCCGGGUCCAAGUCGCCCGUAUCUCAACUAGACUGUUUGCAACGUGAUAACUAUAUAAGAUCUGUAAAACUGUUGCCGGACGGCCGGACGCUCAUCGUAGGCGGAGAAGCCAGUAAUUUGAGCAUAUGGGAUCUAGCCUCACCUACGCCGAGAAUAAAAGCCGAGCUCACGUCCAGCGCGCCGGCGUGUUACGCACUGGCCAUCAGUCCGGACUCCAAGGUGUGCUUCAGCUGUUGCUCGGACGGCAACAUAGCCGUGUGGGACUUGCACAAUCAGACAUUGGUAAGACAGUUCCAAGGGCACACGGACGGAGCGUCGUGCAUAGACAUCUCUUCGGACGGUUCGAAACUGUGGACCGGCGGUCUGGACAACACUGUCCGCUCUUGGGACCUGAGAGAAGGUCGACAGCUACAGCAACAUGAUUUCUCGUCACAGAUAUUCUCGCUGGGUUAUUGUCCGACCGGUGAAUGGUUGGCAGUCGGUAUGGAGAACUCCAACGUCGAAGUAUUGCACGCUCUCAAACCGGACAAAUAUCAACUGCAUCUACACGAGUCUUGCGUGCUGUCGUUGCGCUUUGCGACGUGCGGUAAAUGGUUUGUGUCGACGGGCAAAGACAAUUUACUAAAUGCGUGGCGCACACCUUACGGCGCUUCCAUAUUCCAGUCUAAAGAAUCUUCUUCGGUGUUGAGCUGCGACAUUUCGGCCGACGACAAAUAUAUCGUAACUGGUUCCGGAGAUAAGAAAGCGACUGUGUACGAAGUUAUUUACUAGUAAAUAAUGCAAAAUGAGAAUUUCAUCGUUUCGGUGUUCAUUAGGUGUAGUAGAAAAACUCCGGGUGUUUAUCUAGCGUUUAUUGAACAUUUUUUUGUGAUAAUUAUUUCCAAUCUAAUAUUAUGACUAUUGUGACUUAGUCUGUAAACAUUAAUUUACAAGUAGCAUAUUAUAUAUAUAUAUAUAUAUACAAAACAAAACAGAAUCUGUUGAUUAAAAUUUUUUACCGUCAAAAUGUAUGUAAUUAUAAACAUUAUUAAUUAAUAUUUGAGAUCAAUUGUUUGAUAUAUAUAAAAUUUGUCUUAAAACUGAUACUCGUGGUAUUUUAUGCUUUAAUCAAAGUUUCAUUGUUUUUUUCAUAAAUUAAUACUUUGAUAUUUAAAAUGAUCACUGUGAAUACGAGCAUUGUUGACAGUUUUUGACUUAAACUAUUUUGUGAAUAAUAUAAAAUAAUAAAAUACUAUUAUUAUGAUGUCCCCAUGUAAGUUCCCACAUUAAAGAUCUUUCGAAUGCAUAAAUAUUUUUUAUCAUUAUUAUUAUUAUUAUUAUUAUUAUUAUUAUUAUUAUUACAUUUUAAGUAUUGUAUUUACUUUAUUAUUUUCUUAAGUGUUAACUUUGUUCUUUUCUAUUUUGUACAAAAUAGUAGUUAGAAAAAUUACCUUAUAAGUUUUUGUUAAUUUUUUUUUUCAUUAGGAUCUAAUAGGUAAAUCAAUAUGAUGUGGUAUCUCUAGACAUCUUUUGUACCUAAAUAAAUAGAGAACCCUUUGAAAAAAAAAUUAAAAUUUUAUUGUUAUUUAAUAAUUAUUUAUGUUUAUUUAAAUUAAUACAUUUCCCCCGAUAUUUUAUAAUAUUGUGCUAUGUAGAACCAAGUAUUUUGUUUAAUAAUUU